AUGCCGCUUCGCGUUGUUUGCAGUCAGGUGCAGAUUCCCUCUGUGCCUUUAGACCAAGCCAAGAACAUUCUCCAACGGUUUGCUCCAGUGUUCCAAGGCGGCCUGGGUCGUUGCACAUACACGCAAGCCGUGCUACAUCUUUCUCCUGGAAGUCAACCAGUCUUCUGUCCAAAGCGACCAGUCCCAUAUGCAGCCCUACUACUUGUCGAGGCUGAACUGAGGCGUCUGGAGGAACUGGGAGUUCUAGUUUCUGUAUCCUUCCCCGCCUGGGCCGCUCCAAUCGUUGUGGUUAAGAAGCCCAAUGGCUCGAUCCGCAUUUGUGCUGACUUCUCCACCGGUCUGAAUGCCGCGUUGACGCCGAACUGAUAUCCAUUGCCGGUGCCGGUUGAUCUUCCCAUCCUGCUAAAUGGUGGCACUUGCUUUGCCAAGUUGGAUCUCGCUGAUGCGUAUCUGCAGAUCGAGGUCGCCCCAGAGUGGCGCGAAUUGUUGACUAUCAACACCCACCGCGGUCUGUUCCAAUACACCAGGCUGCCCUUUGGUGUCAAGACCGCCCCGGCCCUAUUCCAACAAACGAUGAACGCAAUGCUCUCCGGCAUCCCUGGCACAGCUGGGUACCCAGACGACCUCAUCAUCGUGGAUCGCUCCCCUGCCGAGCCGCAAGACCGAGUGUGCGCAGUGCUCGAACGUUUGCAGGAAUAUGGCUUUCGCCUACGGGCCGACAAGUGCUAAUUCUUCCUCGACUCCAUCAAGUACUUUGGAUUCGUUUUUGAUGUCACUGGUCGCCAACUAGAUCCUGAAAACAUUCGGGCCAUCCAACAGAUGCCUGCACCCAAGAAUGCAUCGCAACUUCGUUCGUUCCUCGGCCUGAUCAGCUACUACAGCCCCUCCCUACCAUUGCUGCAUGACUUACGGGCCCCGCUCAACCGUCUGCUGCAGAAGUAUGCUCCCUGGUGCUAGUCCCCUGGUUGUGAAAAGGCCUCGCCCAGCUAAAGUCGAUGCUGAGUUCAGAUCUGUUGCUCACGCACUACGACCCGACGCUGCCGAUCGUUGUUGCUGCAGAUGCUUCCAACCACGGAGUUGGUGCCGUCAUCUCACAUACUUUUCCUGACGGGUCUGAAAAUGCGAUCGUGCAUACAUCUCGCACGCUAACAGCUGCGGAGAAGAACUGCGGGCAAAAAGAGAAAGAAGCCUUAGCCUUUGUGUUUGCCGUCAACAAAUUUCACAAUCUGUUGGACGGUCGCCACGUCACGUUGUUGACGAAUCAUAAACCAUUGCUGUCAAUCUUCCGUUCGAAGAAGGGCAUUCCCGUCCUCUCAGCCAGUCGGCUUCAGCGAUGGGCAACCAUCCUUGGCUGCGAUUUCGACAUUCGUUACUGUCGCACUACAGACUUUGGUCGGGCUGACGCCAUUUCUCGCCUCAUCAGCAUAUCAGCAGCAACCGGAGGAAGAUACCGUGAUUGCCGUUAUUUCGAUUGAGGACGAUGUGCGCCGUCAGCUAUCGGACUCCAUACGAGGUAUUGCUGUCACUACUGCGGACAUCCGACGUGUUACUGAACAGAAUCCUGUCCUCCGUCGGGCCAUCACCUUCGUGCAGACCUGCUGGCCAAACACUGCUCUCGCUGGCGAUCUUCGCCAGCUCUUCAUCUGCCGAGCAUCGCUAUCUGUGGUUGACUCCUGCCUCAUGUUUGCGGACCGUGUGGUUAUCCCAUCUUCCCUCCGACCCACUGUACUCGGUCAGUUCAAUGCCGCUCAUCCUGGUACCAGCCGAAUGAAGUCUAUUGCUCGCAGUUUUUCUUACUGA